GCUCCCGGGUGGGUAUAUAAUAGGCGGUCGCCGGCUUCGAAGAAGCUUCCGCUCUGAGAAUGUCUGCGAGCUACGAUAACCGAUCCAGAGACAAUGGGCCCGAAGGCAUGGAGCCCGAUGGUAUUAUUGAGAGCAACUGGAAUGAAGUGGUGGACAGUUUUGACGAUAUGAACCUGUCGGAGUCUCUCCUGAGAGGGAUCUACGCCUAUGGUUUUGAGAAACCGUCUGCCAUCCAGCAGCGAGCUAUUCUACCUUGUAUCAAGGGUUAUGAUGUCAUUGCUCAGGCUCAGUCUGGAACUGGGAAAACCGCCACAUUUGCCAUUUCCAUCCUCCAGCAAAUUGAGUUGGACAUGAAGGCCACACAAGCCCUGGUCCUGGCCCCAACCCGAGAGUUGGCCCAACAGAUCCAGAAGGUGGUGAUGGCGCUGGGAGACUACAUGGGAGCCGGCUGCCACGCCUGCAUCGGUGGCACCAAUGUUCGGGCGGAGGUACAGAAGCUGCAGUCAGAAGCUCCGCAUAUUGUGGUCGGCACUCCAGGAAGAGUAUUCGACAUGUUGAACAGGCGAUACCUGUCUCCCAAAUACAUCAAGAUGUUUGUGCUGGACGAGGCCGAUGAAAUGCUGAGCCGAGGUUUCAAGGACCAGAUCUACGAUAUUUUCCAGAAGCUGAGCAGCAACGCUCAGGUGGUGCUGCUCUCGGCCACCAUGCCUUCAGAUGUGUUGGAGGUGACGAAAAAGUUUAUGCGAGACCCGAUCCGUAUCCUGGUGAAGAAGGAAGAGCUGACCCUGGAGGGUAUCCGGCAGUUCUACAUCAAUGUGGAACGUGAGGAGUGGAAGUUAGACACUCUUUGUGAUCUCUACGAGACUCUCACCAUCACGCAGGCCGUCAUCUUUAUCAAUACUCGCCGGAAGGUGGACUGGCUGACGGAGAAGAUGCACGCACGGGACUUCACGGUGUCUGCGCUGCACGGAGACAUGGACCAAAAGGAGAGAGACGUCAUCAUGAGAGAGUUCCGAUCUGGGUCCAGUCGCGUUCUCAUUACUACAGAUCUGCUGGUGAGUGUUUGAUGGCGCAGCCUAACCUGCCCGGAGGUUGCAUUGGUCCUUCCCAGAUCACAACUAUUGAUCGUUCACAGGAUCGGCAGAGGUGGCCGUUUCGGUAGGAAAGGAGUCGCCAUCAACAUGGUGACCGAGGAAGACAAGCGCACCUUGAAGGACAUUGAGACAUUUUACAACACAACCGUUGAAGAGAUGCCGAUGAACGUGGCGGAUCUCAUCUGAUCCGCCGCAGCCGCCGAGGAGAUAUUUAAUGA